AUGGCACCAGUCGGAGGCAUCUGGGCUCCCAUAGCCCUGCGUGCCCUCCGCAGGGCCAUCGGCGACACGGCCAAGAUGACGAAGGUGCUGCGUAACAAGCUCGCCAACGCCACCCGCGUCGCCAACGCCGAGGUGCAGCCCGUCACCGUCCGCGCCGGUCCCCGACAGCCCGUCCACCCAGUCGCGUUCCUCCGCCAGUCUAAGCGCAGCGGCGGCACCCGCUACCACUCGACCUGGACCAACAUCAAUGCCACGCUCCGCCGCUUCGCUUCCACGGCCUCCGAGGCCGCUCCCCGCUUCGACCGCACCGCGUAUCUCAAGUCGGCUACCGCCUCCCGCGCCGUAUGGCAGUCCACUGGCCGUGCCCCCUUCGCUAGUACCCUGCGUCCCAAUCUCACUGGUGGCGCCCUCCCGCGAACGGCGGGCGGAUACAGCCUGGGGGCCGGAGGUCGUACCGGUGCGCGCUACUUCAGCCACACCCCGGCCGCUCCCGCGCAGGUCGUCCAGAACGUCUCGCAGGCCAUGCGCGCCUUCUGGCUGUCCGGUCAGCGUGCUCGCUUCGAUGGCUACUCCCCCAACGGCGAGCGCCGCUUCCGCGCCGUCAGCGCCCUUGAGGAUGAGGCUGGACGCAAGCUGGCUGCUGCUCUGCCCCUUAAGGACUGCGCCGGCGCCUGGAUCGACUUCUCCGUCAACCCGACCAUCACGGCCCUGACCCCGCUGGCCGCCUUCGCCAACAACUACACGCACAACAAGUCCGAGAUGAACGCUGCCACCCUCGGCGCCGAGGGCUUCCUCGACGUCCUCAGCGUUGACUUUGCCCGCGCCCUCAAGGAGCUCAGCGCCGUCAUGAACGACCUCAAGCGCCUCGCCAGCCUCGGCGACCUGCCGAUCCUGCUCGAGAAGGGCUCGACCCUGCGCGUGCGCUUCCCGGGCGUCGAUGCGGACACGGUAGAGCGCCUGUGCGACGACCUCGGCGUGACGCGCGGCGUCGUCGGCGAAGACGACGACUUCAACGUGGCCAUGGGUGUGCCGCUCGCACUGCAGUUCCCAUUUGCGCCUGAUGUCGAAGGGGCCGCUCUGUCGUCGCCGGGCGGGUCGAUGCGAUCCCACCGGUCGGAGCUGUCAUCCAUCUCAGAAGAUGCCUUUGACGAAUUCAUGGAGGAGAACCCCUGGUUGGUAGAGGAUGCGGCGUCGCUGUCGAGUGGCGAGGAAGGGUACGCCAGCAUGUCCCCUCCGCACCCGAGCUCGGGCGAGCACUGCUCCGACGAGUUUGAGGGCCUCGAGGGGAUCUACCGGUUCCUGGAGGAGUGUGACCGGGCGAAGCAGCGUCAAUUUUGA